CUCUCUCUGCUUGCCUUGGUCGCCGCAGAGGAUGGCCUACAGGCUUGGCUCCGAUAUGCUCCACUGCCUCAUGAAUACCAUCACAACAGCUUACCAUCUAGCAUCCUUGUUCUCAAUAGAACUCAGGGCAGCCCUGUGUAUACCGCUGGACAGGAACUGCAACGAGGACUACUACAGAUAUUCGGCAAAAAGGUCGCCACCAAUGCAGCAGCGAUUGAACUCGGAUCCGGCAUUGUUGUUGGCACGGUCGAUCAAUAUAUGAACACAUUUCACGGACAAGACCCCCAUUUCAAUCUUAUUGAAGAUGGCUUCUCACUCAGCGUUCAGGACCACCAUGUUCGCAUUCUUGGACGGAAUGAGCGAGGAGCGUUAUACGGCGCAUUCGAAUACUUGUCAAUGCUUGCGCAAGGCAACUUUUCGAAUGUCGAGUACAUCACGAACCCGGCAGCCCCAAUACGAUGGACGAACGAAUGGGACAACCUGGACUCCUCAAUCGAGCGUGGUUUCGCGGGAAAGUCCAUUUUCUUUGAAAACGGCCAUGUUAGAUCAGAUCUCACACGAGCAGCAGAAUACGCACGGCUUCUAGCCUCCAUCCGUGUCAAUGCUGUGGUGGUCAACAAUGUCAAUGCAAAUUACACAACCUUGAAACCAGACAACAUCGAAGGCCUUGGACGGAUUGCUGAUGUGUUCAGACCCUAUGGCAUCCAACUUGGCUUGUCUCUUUACUUUGCAUCACCCGCAAAUCUGACUGUCACCGAUACGUACGACCCGCUGGAUGAAAAAGUCAUUGCCUUUUGGCACAACGUGACAGAUCAGAUAUACCACCGUAUUCCAGACAUGGCUGGCUAUCUGGUCAAGGCGAAUUCAGAAGGACAACCGGGUCCACUGCAUUACAACCGAACUCUUGCCGAGGGCGCAAAUAUGUUCGCUCGAGCUCUGAAACCCCACGGAGGAGUACUCAUGUUCAGAGCUUUCGUCUAUAACCAAUUGAACGAAUCGGACUGGAAGGCGGAUCGAGCCAAAGCGGCCGUUGACUUCUUCAAACCUCUCGAUGGCGACUUCGAUGACAACGUUGUUGUUCAGAUCAAGUUCGGUCCUAUUGACUUCCAAGUCAGAGAACCAGUGUCACCUCUUUUCGCCAACCUACUCAAAACCAGCACCGCCAUCGAGCUGCAGGUAGCACAAGAAUACCUUGGUCAGCAGUGUCAUUUGGUUUACCUGCCGCCCUUGUGGAAGACAAUCACCGACUUUGACUUGCGACUCAACAAUGAUACAUCGCUUACGAAGGAUGUCUUCACCGGCAAGUACCUAGGAAGACAUCUAGGCGGUUCCGCGGCUGUGGUCAAUGUUGGGAUGAACUCAACUUGGCUCGGGAGUCAUCUCUAG